UUUACUGUCAUCUGUCAGUAUAAGAUAAGUACUCAUUGUUGACUCAUACUUAUUGUUCAUUAUCUUCAUUUAUAUUUACAUACAAAAAUCUUAAAGUAACAAAUUAUCUGUCUGAGACUCAGUACUACAUUAGUUCAGCAAAAUGUUCUCAUCAAUAUUUGGUAAACGUAGAUCUCCUGUGGAGGUCGAAGUAGAAGAAGAGACUCCUCCGAUUCCUGGUGCGCGUUCCGAUGAUGGAUUCGUCGUAGUUGAUCCUAGUUCGCCUAGAAACAGUUUAUAUCCUAACGUUGCUGGUGGUGGAUCAACUCCAUACGUGCCGCGACCAGCGCCGCCAGCUCCCACAAGAACUGCUUUGGUUGACCCAACGUUUCAUUACUUGCAAGGAGUACCGUUCGCCAUGUCUAAAACUCUACAAAUGGCAUCGAAAAAGGAUACGUUCGCUACAGAAAUGGCAGAUCUUCUCGCAUUUCUGACUAGCAAAGUCAAUAUGAGUGGAUAUGAAUAUGAUUUCAAUGUGGAACGCAGUGUUUUGAAAGAGUGUUAAUUAUUUAACUGUGAAGAAGUCUGGAUUACAAUGAUAUCUAUUUACAUAGUGGAAUCGUUUAAAUUGUUUCGAAUUUUAAACUAGACAUGUGAUACAUAGAUUUAGAAUAAUUCAGUUUUUAUUGUAUACCGCUCAUGGCUUCAUGGUUAAAAUAUUGAAAUUUAUUUAUACAGACUUCCCAAAAAGGAGGAGGUUGUAAAUUAUUUGGAAACACGAACAAAAUUACUUCUAACCACAAAUGAUAAAUUAGACCUAUGACAUAAAUAGAUGUUUUUGAUUAUCACAAUACAAUGCAAGGCUUACAAAAGUAAUGCAAUAAAUAUUGUUUGCAUAUAAUUAUAAAUAUUGUUUAUUAAGU